AUUUGUUUAUCUUCCAUCAAUUGAAAGAAAUAAUUAUCAUACUUGCAACUACUCUGAACUUCAUGGUUUAGCACCAAACAUCAACAAGUCUCCUCUUUUUCACGCAGCCUCUCCGCCAUAAAAAAUUACCAAAAAGCAAUGCUUAUCACCCUAUUUUCUUCAUAACUCUCUUUUCAUCAGGAACUACAAAGACAACAUUAUAUUUAGUUUUUGAUACAAGAUUCCCUGAUUACCAUAGAAUAAAUAGUGUAACCAAAAUACCAGAUCGUUUAUUCUUUGUUUUACCAUGGAACCCUCAAGAAAUGGAUAUACAGAAUAUAAAUAUUUGUUUGAUUCUUGAAUGCAUGGAAAAUGAUGCAUACUGUUCUCCCUGUGAGGGGCAGUGUAGAAGAUUGAUAUCAACCCCUGACUACAAAGACCUGGGGGAGUACUGAUAAACACUCACUGCUUGAAUGCAGGAGUUAUGUACCCUAUCAGUUAGUUAUCUCCCUUGUUUUGUGUUCAUUUUCAUUCUCCAUGCUUUUGCCUAUCAUAAUGAAACACUGGGUUUAUCUGGUACAAAGAAUGUAUAAAAGAAAAUUUUCUUUCUCUCCAGUAAAUGAGUCCUGUUGUUUAAUUCUCUUUGAACUCUGUAUUAUAUUUUGCAUUACUUUUAUUUAUCAAGUGACUGAUUGAUUUAAGAUAUAAAACUGAGACAUACUUCAGGAAAUUUUUCAUCAUUAAUUUUCAUUUUUUAAAUUUUUUUUUACUCUGAAUCUUGUCACAUGCUGUCUAUUUUUCUGUUGAAUUAAAAAAUAAAUUCUUUAAGAUAUUUUGUAGCAAGGCAAUUUGGGUGCAUUUCAUCUUUUUCUUUUCUCUUUUUUGGACAAUGUAAGAGAAGCACGGUCGUGUGAAAUGUCAUUUUGUUUUAGAUAGAGUUUGAUUUAUCCAGAAUUACAGCAUCUCUCUCUGGCAUUAUCUUCAUCAGUGAUGAGGGGCUUUAGAUUCUACACAUAGAUAAGGCCCCUGCCAUUGUAUUUUUUCCUGUGGGGCCAUGGGUCAGGGGGCACCUGUCCUUAUCAUGACAGUAAUCACUCAUAGUAAGUAAACUACCAAGAUGCCAACCUCUGCAGUGGUUAAACGUGCUAUAAAUUGCACAGUUUAAUUUGUACUGAUUGACUGUGAUUUUUUUAGCGUUGAAAGUUUUUUCCUUAUCUUUAAAAAUUUUUGUGGAAGCCAAAAAUUUCAGACCUUGAAGAACAAUUCCAUUAAGAUCAACAGUUAUGACACAAAUUAGCUGAUCGGAACAGAGAAACAGUAUUAAUCCCCCUCUCUUUAUACACAUCAUUUGCAGUAACAUUGAUAGGCAAACAUUGAGAGGUGUAUUGAGGGCAGUGCUCCAGUCACUAGUGCUGCUCUUGUAAAACAAAUCAGACAACAUUAACAGAAAUUUCAAAAAAAAAAAAUUUAAUUUCUCUCAUAGUAGGUAUAAAGUUUACUCUGCAGAUUUUUAUGAAAUGUGUAUAUUGUGAAAACUGAUUUUGAUAAUUUGUGCACAUUUUGAGCAAAUGUUCUAGUGCCAUUUUUAAGUGUCUUUAAAUUGGCAUUUGUUUGGACAGUCAGUUUAAGCGACACAGUACAAAGUCAAGAAUUUCCUGGAAAUAACUGAGGACCAUUUGUUCCUUUACACAAUUACAAUUGUAAUUUUCAUUUCCUGGUCAUCAUUAAUGAGUUUUAAUUCCAAGUGCUUUCUGAUGAGUAUUUGCACAAUUUAAAGUGUUUAUUACAUUUGAUAUGGUACACCUAAGAGGGGACCUUUGGGACAGGGUAAACCUGCCAUGUCCCUCAAAAAUGUUUUCCCAGCCAAUUCUAAUACAAUACAGUCAACACUUGUGGAGUGUUUAUUAUUGUUAAAUGUGGUGUAUUUAUUCAUCUUUAAUUCAUUUUGGAUUGACAAGGCCAAGUGGUUGAGAACUGUCCAUCGUCAAAACUGUGACAUGAAAUGGCAUACUUUCUGCCUUCACAAAAGAUUUUCUUCAGAUGGUCAUGUGCUAGAAGAAUUUAUGUCAGUGCAUUUUUUAUUAUAUUUACAUAUGCAUGUAUAUCCACAUAUCUUUGAUUAUGGAAAAAAAAAUUGGCAUUACAAGUUUUUGGGGGGAAAAAGAUAUAUUUAUAAAUGCACCUACUCAUCGCAUUUUAUACAGUUCUAAUUGGAUUAUAGUUAGCCCCUCCUUAACACUCAGAAGCUAGGCUGAUUUGUUUCUGAACAUGCUUACAUUUUAAUUGUAUGUAAGUUUAAGAUCCUUUACAUGUAUAUUUUAGUGUUAGUGAGUUAUUAAGAUGGCUAAUAUGUAAAGUUCAGCGACACAUGCAUUUUCAAUUAUCCCCCCUUUUUUUGUACUUUCUUCAACUCCUGUUGUUUUCAUCUGAUAAUGGCCACUAAAUAGCAUGUAUUUGAAGCAAUAAAAACAUUGUUAAUUUAGGAGUCCAUAUGAAUUUUUCUUUUGAAUCUGAUAAAAAUCCUGAUGUAUUGAGGGGUUAAAAAGUCAAGGAUGUAGUGAUAUAGACCUUUGUGCAUCAGCAAUGAAACAGAUAAAUUAUAAUUGUUUUGUCUGUAUGUUGGAUUGUCCGGAACCCGGACAGAGGCUAGUCUGAAUGCAGGAUGAACACGAUCCAGGCCUUCUCACUUUAAUUGAUACAAGCAUAAGCAGAUCAUCUGCAUUGAAUCAUCCUGAAAUGCCAUUCUUGCUAUUAGCAUUUAAACAUCAAGAAUUUUACUGAAAUUGUUAAGUUGUAAACAAAUAGCACUAAUGAACUUCUUGUUUUAGUUGUCUUUGUAAUGUAUAUGAAAAACUUUGUAAACAUUUCAGGGUUGAUCACUGUCCAGUUUAAUGUACUGGACAAUUUACUCAAAAAGAAGCAAAAUGUGUUUAUUAUCAGGGAGUGAGCCCUGUGGUUUGGAGGGAGUUGGGACUAAUGUCCGAGGAAGUAUAGGUUUCACCUGUUGUAAAUGUUGGUGAAGAUUGCUGGAGACAUGCUCUGAAACAAUAGAGAGCUAAUGAUUAAUCAGAGGCUAGUGUUUUCCACAUUUACAACCAAUCACUGUCCAUACCAAUCAAAAUCUAACCAGCUCUCCAAAGUAUGUUAAGUUCCUCUUUUUCUGAUGCCUGUUCUUCAGGGUAACUGCUAGUAAUCUCUGGAUCAUAGCACACUACUUUUUGUAAUGUCAAACAUCCAGCUUGACAUAUACCUAAUCAGUUACCUUGAGGUGUGAAUUCAUUCCAUGGUUUCAAAAUUCAAGAUAAGUUGGGGUCAUGUACUCUGUUUACUAAUGAACAUCUCUAAUCAUCGGAAAUUGUAUUCUGCUGAAAGUUAAUGCUGCAGGAGAUUAUAAUUUUCAGAUAUGAUUUUUGCAGGUUGCAUGUGGUGAGCAAACAGGUGAUUCAAUUUAUAUUCUGAGGUCAAAUGUCAAGGUCACCAUCAUACUGUAUGUUAAAGUCGGGGACACUUUGUAAAGUUUUAAGUGGCAUAUUGUCUCAUUUCAUUGGCCAUGGUGUCUCCUGCAAACUCAAUAUGCUUCCUGGGUAUAUUAUGUCCAGACAUUGUGUCGUGCAUACAGAUGAAAGCGUUUGUUGCCCGGCUGGCAGGGUACUUCAUAUGAGAAAACAUGGUUGAAAACUUGUUGAUUUAAACAAUGAGUUGAUAACAGUCAGUGCUUCUUGUGUUGAUCAAUAGCUUUCUUUAAACAAAAAGCCAUAUUGCAAUCCUAGAUAAGAUAGAUGGGAUAUUGUUGAAAAAAUUUUCACUGAGGUAAUGGUAUUUGGGAUUUUGUAAUUUGACACGCCUCUGGUAAGAACACCUUAAACAAGACAAAAUGCAGAAAGUACCACGUUUAUCUGACAUGAUCCGUGGGGGUGUAGAAGGCAUGAUAUUGACAUAUUUUGCAUCAUCUCCUUUUAAGAUUAAAGCAAGAGAUAUUUCCUCUAUGCUGUGUAUAUCAUAUGACAUCAUAUCAGGAAAUAACAACUAGAAGAAAUAAAUAAUUCAGUAAUUUUUCAUGGAAUUUAAAAUUAAUAUGAUUGUUUAUCAAUUAAUAUUCCCCCAGCAUUAGAAAGAGCAGAAGUGAAAUCUGUGAAGAGUACACCCUGACCCUCUUGGUUUGCCUGUGUGAAAGCUGCAGUGCUAUUCCCACGCAGCAGGAACUUUCAAUUGUUUGAUUUGUAUAAUCUGCAGUCUUCCUACAUAUUGAAAUUUUUAAUAAGUUUCAAUGGAUUUAUUAUUAACAUUUGAAGAAAUUACCAAAAUUUGUCUGAAUUACAGUUUACAGUUGUUGACUUUGACAUUAGCUGUGAAGAUUCUGAGUGACAAGGGAAACUAUGAGUCCAUCCAUCAUAAAUUUGGGGAGCUUUCACAGCCCAUUACUCCAGUGUUCUCUGAGGCAAUCAGGGAGAUGGGACCAAGUUUUUGUGUCCAAAAUCUUUUUGUUUUUCCUUGGUAAUUAGCUAAUCUCUAGGGCUGCCUGAUUCACUGCUUAAUACCUAAGAUCAUUAAUCUUUGUGUCAGCUCAGAUUGGCCUGCUGUAUUUAAUGUAGUGCUGUUUUGUUUUUGUUUGUGCAACACCAAAUCCCCCUCUGACAGGUGCUAGAAUGCUCACUGAAUCUAACACAGAGGGGUCCACUAAUGGUCAGCAUCUUCCAAGGGAACUCUGAAGUUGUACUUAGACCUUUACAACUCCAGUUCAAAUAAAAAAAAUAUCACUCUUGGGAUUGUUGGUUUAUUAUCAAGAAGUUGUGUUGAGAGGAACCUUUUCCAAUACAUUAUAGGUGUCUGGUCAGUUUGUUUCAGCAGUCUGAUGACUUCUGUCAAACAUUUGGGCAUUAUAAUAAUCUGUUUAUGUUUUAUAUUUGUCUGGUUUCUGUUUCUGAAGAAUGACUUGGGCAGCCGUGACACAGAACAAAAUUUAGAAAUACCUUUUCCAAAAAGUAAUAGUUGACCAUAUCUUCAUUCCUUCUCCUUAUAGCAUAUUGCAUGACUGCCCCCUGCAUAUUCUCUCUUCAUAUAAGUAGUCUGUAAGUAGAUUGCCUCUAUAACUUAGACUAAUAAUUAUUUGACAGAAGUGUUUUUAUAUAAUUGGUCCUUUUCAUACAGCAUGUAUUGAUAAUAUCAGCUACAGAGAGUGUGAAACAUCGUCAUUGGGGGUUUUUUUUACGAUCAAGAGGUCUAUCCCUCCAUUGCUCAACUGGUUCCCUUCUGAGCCUCUGGGUUUUGUGAGUAAACAACUGUACAUCCAGCUUCCACUAUCCAUCAUUCAUGCUGAGAGUGAGAGGCUGAUUGGUUAAGCAGGCUCUGGGAGGCAGGGCAUGCAUUACAAUACACAAAAGUUGUUUUUGUCUACAGCUAUGCCUUGUCUUUUUGUAAUAUUGGAAGGGAAUUGUUUGAAUGGAGGUUUUAUUCCCAAACAUGCAGCAGAUUCCAGUACUUGUCAAUCGGAGUAUGUCUUCAAAACGUAAAAAUACUCCAACCAAACUGCCAAAAGAUAGCAACAGUGAACUAGACAGUGAUAGUGACACUGAAUCCAGUCUCCACAUAGUGACCAGGUCCGACAGUGAGAACCAGGACUCUGACUCAUCCAGCAGUCGGCCACCGAGCAAAAAACAACGAAUUCUUCAGAGUGUCAGGCAAGACUCUGACUCGGAAACUGAGUUAGAACUUUUAUCGCCUCAUCAGCUUCAUCAUCACCUUUCAACAAAGUCCAGUUUGGGACUGCAGCGCAAAUCCAUGGAAAGUGUACUUAAACGACUGAGCUCAAAAUCAGACCUUGCUGAGCUUGAGAAUAACAACAUGAAUGAAGACAACAAAGUUAAAGAGAGCAUUCAGGUUUUACUGAGUGAUGGAAGCCUCAAGGAGAAGGAGGACCGACUCAGCGAGAUGAUUUCUCAGCUCCAGAGCCUCAAGGAAAAUCUGUCCACACAAAAACAGAGCUCCAUAAAUCACACAGAAAACAAGAGCAUGCCAGUAUCUGGCAGUGAAACAAGCAUUUCUCAUGCAUCUUCCAAAAGCUCAUCUCCCAUCAGCAUGGACAGUCGACAGCCACAGUUAUCCCCAGUACUCUCCCCUUACCACCACAGCUCACCCCGAUCUCAGCCCUCGCCCAACCUCAGAAAGGGGAGUCCUUCCCCCCACAGCUGGGGUGGGGCAAUGAAUCAGGAAAUCCCUCUGAACCUGACCAAACCCAGAGGGUUCAAAAUAGAGAAAGUGGAAGAAAUGUUUGGUUCACCAGAGAAACUAGAUGGGAACAACAGAACCCCCCCUCCAGCCCAUACCCACCACAAGAGACAGGUGGUUUCCCCGGUCACCACUCCCACCACAGAGAUUGGGCCAUUCCCAGGAGUUCGUCUGCCACUUGGAUUUCCUCAGUAUCCAUUCAUGAUGGCCAACCCCAUGGUCACCUCAAUGUUAAGUGGAAUGACCCCUCCUGGAAUGCUGAAUGGAAAAUCCCAUCCAGAUCUUGACAAGGAGUCGAUGGUUCAGGAGGUUUUGGCUCGCCAGCUGUCUCACUCUAUGACUGGCCCAGUGUUCCCGGGACUCCCCCUCCCCCUCUACUCCCACGCAGCCAUGUCUUCUAUGCCUACAAUGUCAGCCAUGAAAGAACGUUCAGACAGCUCUGCAGACGAUAGCCAAUCAGGAAAAAUGUUUGGUGCUAAAAUUAUUCGUUCCCAAAAGGAAAAGAAUGAGGCAGGUAAACCUCAUAUCAAGAGACCCAUGAAUGCAUUUAUGGUGUGGGCCAGAGAGGAAAGAAGAAAGAUCUUGAAAGCCUGUCCUGAUAUGCACAACUCUAACAUCAGUAAAAUCUUAGGUGCCAAAUGGAAAGCUAUGACCAAUGCAGAAAAGCAACCAUAUUAUGAAGAGCAGAGCCGUCUUAGUAAACUCCACAUGGAAAAACAUCCUGAUUACCGCUACAGGCCUCGUCCAAAGCGUACCUGUAUCGUGGAUGGCAAAAAGCUCAGGAUCUCCGAGUACAAGGCCCUGAUGAGGACCCGUCGCCAGGACAUUCGCAGAGUGUGGUAUGGCGACUCCCACACUACUUAUGUAGAGGGCCUGAUAGGCGAAAAUGGUACCUCUUCAUCCUUUGACCAUACUCGACCCCCUCUUCACCCAAAUGGGAUUCAUACAAGUACAAACAGUUCAACAGUUAAUGGGGCUUCUCAUCAUGGCUUCUCUAGCAACAAAGACGAUGACCUUGACAACUGCAGUGACGAAGAAUUCAGUGACCUUAUGGACCAAUCUUCGGACAACAGUCUCGAUUCGGCGCCUUAUUCAAACCAUGUUUCAAAUCCCAGCAGGAGCCAGCCUCAUGCAGCUAUGUCAUAGUUAGCCACUUCCAGGGUGAACAUGAGAACAAAAAAUGGCAGCAUUUCUCAAACUUUGUUCAUAAGUGAUGCCGUUUGUAUCUUGUUAAACUGUGUACAUAUGGACGCUUAUCAGCGCAAUUUUGAACAAGAAAUGUCCAGACAUUUUGAAGGAAACUUCUCUCGACUUUUGAGAGCGAUAGUAUGUAUUCAUGUGCACAUCUACGCAAAUUAAUGUUAUGCAUGUUUAUGCAAGAGUUAGUGCGAUUUGGUAUUCAAAAGAGAUACUGAAAGCUGAAAGUAUAGAUAGUUAGGUAUGUAAACUUAUAUGUCUGUAUCGUCAUGUACUGCCGGUUACUUAGACAAAGUACAGGGUUUAAUGGAAUGGUAGAGGAAUGUAAUCACAUAUCGUUGUUGUGUAUUUAGUGCUGACAUGUUGUACAAAUUAGCAAUAACAGCUUUGUGCACAAUGUACCGAAAAAGGAUGUGCUUGGUUCAUGUGUAAAAUGUGGUUGCUAUGACGACGUCCACAGUUGGGACAAGUUUUUUGUAUAUUAUUAUGUUUUAAUUUGUUCUCUUAUUAAUGUUAGAAAUCUUUAUUAUUAAUGUGUUAUAUAUAUAUAUAUAUACAUGAGAAUUAUAGUCAUGGAAGAGAGAUAUCAGGACCAACUUCAUCAAGUUCAUGCACUGCCUGUUACCUGCUUAUUCACACUUUCAGGGUCCAACUGUUACACUGUCGUCUGGUUUUUGCCUUUUUUUCCCCCCUUUCCAGGGUGUGUUAUAGACACAGAUAGAGAAUUCCUUACGUCAUUCUGUUCAUAUUUCCUUGAGAAGGUGCAUUUUUCAUUUGCCAGGACAUAUUAUCUAUUGUUCAAGAAACUUGUUUAUUCUGUAUCUUUUGUUAGCUGUCUGUUCCUUUUUAUGGAAAAUAGAUUUGUUAUAGAACCUAGGUUUUCCAUUUUGAUUUUUGUUCUUGUUCAUUUUUUUUAAAUCUUUUGUACUGUUAUCACAAUAACAGCAUUCAGGAUAUGAUUUUAGAACUUGCUCAUGCAUUUUUCAAAAAUUAAAAUGAAAAAUUGGACAUUUAUAAUCUGCAGACAUUUGAAGGUUAAGUCUGUGUUAUUAUAAAUCUUACCAUAUUUAAGUGUCAAUGAAUUGUUUGCGCUAUAUUUUCACUGCUGGCGUAAAAGGACAUGCAAAUUAAUUCCAGAGUCGAUCCACGUCAUAAGGACGCAAAUAAUAAAUUUUUAUGUGCCAUUUUGUUUAAUAGGGCUUCCUUUUUCAAAGCAUAGAAACUUUUGAAAAUUCAUAUCAAGAAUAUUGUUAAUAACUAAGGCUGAACACACAUUAACAAUGAUUUAUUAAGCAUGAAAUCCUUGAUAUAGAGAAAAGGAAGAAUAAUGGUAAUCCUACCGACUUCUUCACAAAGCUAAAGAACAUGCCCUUGUCAACCAAACCUAUUGUUGCUAAAAUUGGCUAUUAAGAUGUCUUGAUGAUGUGGGUUGUAUGGAUAAUAAAGGAGUUGAUUUUAUUGAUUGACUUUUGGCAGACUUUUAAACUUCCUAAUGUACUUCUUUGGUCUGGAGUCAAUCCCUUAUUUUGUACAGUGUAAUAGGUACUUUUGAUGUAGUUUUCUCCAGUGACGAAAAAAAAAAAUCUUUUAUUAUAAUAUGGAGGAGUGGUUUGUUGACUCUUAAAUUGUAUAUUUAAGUAUUCAUACUUGCUCCUCUGCUGCCAUGAUAAUUACAUACAGCUUGAAGCAAUUUUUUUGCAGUUGAUUUUGGUUUUAAAAAUUCUCCUAGCAAUAUAACACACCAUAAAAACGAGUACAUUUUAUUUUAUUUUUAUAAAAAUUUCCAAAAGUUGGACGGACAACUAACUGACAUAUAUUUAUACAAAUUCAAAAGUGUUGAUAUAUAUUCAAUUGAUCUGGUAUUUGGCCUUCAAAAAUAGAUGAUCCUAUUGCCAAGGGUAAAUAUCGUCACACCCAAUGAUACUUGACCAAUGAUAAUGUAAUGUGCCAAUAUUUGUUUUAUGUCGUAGAUUUUAUUCCCUAUUUUUUAUUAUAAAGUAAAUUUAGUCACAUGACAUGUCUCUUGAGGUCUCAUGACACAAGUAGUCUUCCAAUGAAAUUUGAGAAUGUAACCAAGUCAUGAAUAUGCAUUAACUGAGAUGUAUACUGUAUCAAUAACAUGUAUGUAGCCCCAGUAGUGUUCAUUUUCGAAUUAGAAAUCCCCCUCUUCAUCUGAUAAAUAGUCCAAAGGAAACGUGAUUUGGUAUAAAUAGUGAAUGUUAUAAGUGUUAACUUCUACAAGCUUAAUCAAGUUAGGCCAAUUCCUCUUUUUUUUUUAUUGAACAAAAAGGUGAACAAGUCUAAAAUAAUUGUAUUUUUCUGAGCAUGAAUUUUCCUGAUGAGUCGGAUUUUGAUAGAACAUUAUUAUAUACAUGUAGAUACUUUUUGUUGCUAUGGGAACCCUCUCCAGAAGUGCUUGUCUUAUGCUAGUCAAAUUAGAAAGCAGUUAAACUGUUCUCACAUCAGCUGCAGACUGAAUUGUUUUUUAAAACUAUUUUUGUCUUAUUUAAGGCCAAUAUGCUAGUUAUAUUUUGUGAAACCCAUGAUACGACUUUGUUUAAUGAUUUCAUAGUUAUAUGUAAUAAUUAUGAAACUUAGUUCUUUUUUUCUUUUAUUACAUGAUAUUUGUGGGUAAAUCUUUUUAAUAAUGGUAUAUGUACUCGAAAUAUUCCUGUAGUUGAUUGUGACCUUUAAAAAGGUCAUAUUAACAAGAAUCAGGUCACCAUUGAGGUGCCAUGAUAGAACAUUGUUACUGACCAAUAUUACUUUUUUGUUACGAAUUAACAUACAACUGAUGCGAUGAAUGAAAACGUCCAAUAUUUAGCUGCUGUAGUUAAGUUAUACAUUUUAUAAUUCUGAUUUUGUGACUUCAGAUUAAUGAAAAUAAAACUGAUUAUUAACUUGAA